UCCCUGAAGUGAGUGAGUACACGGCUACAGAUUUCACGGCAGAGUCGUCUGGCAGCGAGAACACCCUGUCGUCUUUCCCAGUGACUGUGUGUUUGUCUUGUCUCAAAGAUUUGAACACCAGACAGGGAAGUUUGACGAAAGUUGUUCUCGCCGUCUGUAAGAAUAAGUGUGGAGGCUCUGGGGCAGGCCGUAGAAAGCGGGCAGUGGAUGUGGACAGUUUGAAGACAUGGGCCGAGGCUAAGAAGGAAGGAUUUACUGGCAUGUACCGAGCCACUCCACGGGGCUGGCACCAGGAUCUGUUAAGAACGCCAGGGGGACAAUAUGUAUUCACAGUUGGGGAGGAUAACUCUUGUUCUGAUACCGGCACUGACUUCUGCAAUGGCCCACUUCCUUCUAGAGAAGACUUUCAAGUCCUCCUUAUCGUGUGCAACGGUGCUGGCUGUCAGGAUUAUUUAAACGAUAAUUCUGUCUUUGGAACAACACCUAACAGUAACGUGGACAAUGACGAUGACAAUGUUGUUGUUAUUGUUUUGGCUGUCAUCUGCUCUAUUAUGGCUGUUGGGAUCAUUUUGGGUGUCAUUUUCUUUGUUUGCCGACAUAGAAGGCAGAAGCAUCACAAGGAAACAAGACCUGUACAGCCUGACACUCUUGAGGAGACAGAGAUGAUCAAAACACGAAGACCUAUCCCGAUUCGAACGUUCAGACGAACUCUGGUACAGCUCCACGGAGAUUCAAACUUGCUGUUCCGGGCUGAGUUUGAGGACCUACGGAAGCUCAGCGCUAGACUUCCCCACGGGAACGAACCGGUGGAUGAACUGCCCUACGUCAAUGUUGGCGGGAAACUGACCAGGGCCAGUGAGACAAUGGACGUGUUUAAGGCCAAUUAUAUACAGGGUUACAACUCUGUGCGGGAAUACAUCGCUGCCCAGGGCCCCAUGCCUUCCACUGUGCCAGACUUCUGGAGGAUGGUGUGGGAGCAGAAGUGUAAGGUCAUCGCCAUGCUCUCAGACCAAAUGAAAGGUUGGAAGGGAAAAGGGAAAUCGUAUUGGCCGAAGAAUCUCAACGAAUCUGUUGAGUAUGGAGACGUUGCUGUGAAGAUGACCCAGUUCUCUAUGAUCAACAAUAAAUACACCAUACGUAAAUUCCAGAUCUCCAAGGGUUCAGACACACGCCAGCUGACCCACUUUUGCCUGCAAAGGUGGACUGACGCCAAGGCCGACUUGACAGUAGAAGAUGUGGUAGACUUCAUCCAAAUUGUGCGACAGGAAGCCACACGUACGAUUUCUUGGCCUUUUGUCGUACACUGCAGCGCUGGUGUGGGUCACACUGGUACUUUUAUCGCCCUGGACUAUUUCACUCAGUACGUUGACAAGCACAGUCUAGAUGAGAACAUCGACGUUUUCAGCUACAUCAUGAAGAUGAGGGAGAACUGUCCCGGUAUGGUGCAGACUGAGACUGAGUACAUUUUCAUCUUUGAUGUACUGAUGGCGGUGAUACAGAAAAAGAUAAAUGAAGACCAGGAGUGGGUCUAUGACAAUAUCGGAGAGAGUGAAGAGGACAAGAACGAGAACCUUUCCCGGGAGGAAACUUCACAUUAUUAUUCAGCCAUAGCCUGAGGACCAAAAUGUGGAAGUGAUCAACGACCAAAAAGAAACUCCCAUGACGGUCCUGUAAAGGUGUCAACUCACGUGCACCGAACGUCCUGCUCUCUCCACUCAACUGCUCAUCCUCUCCACAAGCCUUUCCUGUUGGCCCACAGCCCUGUCCUGUUGGAAGAAUCUGUGACCUUUUUUCUGCAGCAAACACCAUCUUUAGUGCCUCAUGCAUAAUACUUUUGCCUUAUGUCUUUAUCAUCUUCUUCCACUUUAUCAUGGGCUUUCAGAACAGUCUAGUGGGGUGCUCCGUUAGCUCUGUUGGUAUAAUGUAAGGCUAUAGAGCGUACUUUCCUGGUUCAAAUCCUAGGCUCAGCACUCUUGCACUUAAACUUAAAUCAUUUUGUAGAGAUUUUUAAGCUCUCAACACAUCUGGCUCAAUCAUAUCAGUGAUGGACGUUAAAUAACCCAUGUACUUAUACACACACGCACACGAAUGUGUUAUUAUCUGUCUUUUUUUUUUAAUCGGAAGGGUGAUUUUAGAAUAUUUUAAAACAUUACAAAGUUGACAUACUAUUAUUUUCCUCAACACCACAGCCAAACGUUCACCUAAAAAACAAGGUUCAAGAGACGGGGUGAGUAAUAUUUAAGACUCACGUGGAGACAUGAAGACAGCCUUGGGAGGAAAUCCACAAACUUACUCUGAAAUGUAGGGGCAAGGUGAUGUCGCUGUCUCAAAAAAAAACUAUUUGUUGGUUAGGUUCAUAUAACUCAUUUAUCUUAGCAAUCCUAUGUAUGUACCCAAAGAAUAGUUUUUAAAAUAAUGCCCAAAGAGAAAGGAUCAAUGUUUUAAAAAGAAAUGUAUUUGUUUGAUCGCUGGUCUGUAGAAGUCUCAGGCAAAGUUUAUUGGCUUUGGUAAAUUGAAAUGAGCUGGAUUUUUUUUUUUUUACGCGGACAGACGAAAGUGAACAAGCUAUAAUGUGGGCUACAUUUACUGCUGCAUCCUUAAUUUUCCUAAUAAUUUUUCAGCCUUAGUGAUGUUUUUGUAGAUUUUGAAAUGUAUGCUAAAUUGUCUACACCAAUUUUUAAUAAAAAAGGACUGUUCUUUUAA